AUGGACCGUUACGAAAAUCGACAUGAAAACAUCCAGUCGCGAAUCAAACUACACAGUCAACUUUUUGUGGUGAAGAACACUCUACUGUUUGUUAUAAGGUUGUCCUUGAAUAGAAUAUUACCAAAUAGCCUGGUUGAAGAGAUCGUAAUUGGAAUUGAAAACGUAUUCCUCUUGAACUUCCUUGUGUUUGGUGGAUUUGUUUACACGCUAAUCACUGAAAAAGUUGAAACCUACAGAAGCACAUUAAUCAUUCUCUCAAUGUUCUACCUUGGUAUACUUUCAGUCAGUUUUCAAACACUGAUUGCACUGGUGAAAGAGAAGAUGCUUUUGUGUAUCAUAUUACUUCUGCUAAUUUUCACGACAAUGACGUACGAAAUGACGAUAUCAUUCGAGUUCUACACCAAACUGUGGUACAUCACAACUUGUAAAUUGUCACAUUUCACCAAAGACGCACAAAUCAUCGAAGCAUAUCAAAAAAGAAACAGCCUCAUUGGCUUGCGUAUCGGAUACAGCAUUUUGCUUGGACAAGCAAUUUAUAUGCUACUAGUCAAAUACGUCUACACAGAGCACGUUCCAAUGAAAGGUGAUCAGGCAAAUCUCAACUCACUUAGCGAAACCGAAAUAUUCAAUUGGCUCUACGUGGUCACAUAUGUGAUCAUUCUCGGUGCUCUUAAUUUCAGAAUCAAUGAGGAAUACAAGAAGCAAAGAACCACACUAAUGAUCAUAAUAUUAUUUGAUUUUGCACUGACUAUAGAAAAUGUCAUAGUAUAUGGGCUCCACAAUGAUACAGACUACGACUUCUCUAUGAAUCUUAUAAUCGCUGUUAUCUACGACUUAUAUGGUAUGGUGGUCAUAUGGAAUGAAUAUCACUCUCUUGAUUCAGGUCUGAAGACCAUCUUCGAAGAAAUGAAAAAGAAGAAACAGCUGGUCAACAAACUCUAG